UUUUGAAUCAGCUGAGUUGUCAAAAAAAGUAAUGGUCUGACAGCUGUCACUUUGACAUAUUAGUCGUAAAUAGUGGGUGCCACAAAAAAGACGAGGAUUAUGCAUUAUGUAUAAGUGAUUAUUAACGCUCGAAUUGAACGACGAUGGUGUUGAGAUGUAUUCGACCCUAGAACUCCACUGAUCACCAACGAAAGUGCCGAAAAGAACAACGCGAACACGAAACGAAACCAGCAACCACCGUCGUCAUGGAUAUGGAGGACAGUCAAUUGGGUGGGCUGGGGAACGAGACCAUUUACGGGACGCACGAAGAUAAUGUCGUCGUAUCAGAGAAGGUGCAAUCUUUGGCUGGCAGCAUAUACCAGGAGUUUGAACGGAUGAUAGUGCAGUAUGAUGAGGAUGUUGUUAAGACUCUGAUGCCCUUGACUGUUAAUCUCCUGGAAUGUCUUGAUGCUGCAUACCAAAGCAAUUCCCAACAAGAUGUUGACUUGGAGUUACUUCGAGAGGACAAUGAACAGUUGGUCACCCAGUAUUCAAGGGAGAAGAGUGGCAGGAAGGCAGCAGAGGAGAAACUCCUGCAAUUCGAGGAUGCCUCAGAGGGAGAGAGGAAGGAGUAUGUUGAAAGGCAAGAUGCUCUGGAGAAUAUCGUCAAGAUGCUUGAGCUCAAGAACAAGAACUCGAUGGAGCACACCAGCAGAUUGGAAGAGAGGGAGGGUGAACUGAAGAAGGAAUAUAAUAAAUUGCAUGAGAGAUAUACCGACUUAUUCAAAACUCAUAUGGAUUAUAGUGAGAGGACUAAAUUACUUUUGUCUGGUGUUCAAUUGACCAACGAUCGGUCUGAUAGUGGUCGUAUGACUAGUAAUAGAUUGAACAUGGGCCGGAGUUCUGGACCUGUGUCCUUUGGGUUUGCAUCAUUAGAAAAUGCAGAGGGUGUUGAUAGUGUGCCAACAUCACCCAUUAGUAGCAGCCAUUCAUCGCCUAGCUUUCUCAGUUUGCACAGUGAAAUGGAUAAUGUUAGAGAUGCCAUCCGCACAGUGGAGAAAGGAUUGUCCACUGAUACAAUUAAUCAUGAAAACAAGAGUGUCAUAACAUCACCAAUUAGUCCCCAGAUGCCACAGCAAGUAACCAACAACAAUAUGAGCACUGGCAGAGUGCACACCAAGAAAGAGGAGAGGAGUGGUAAUAAUCUGUAUCAGGAGCUGAGCUUUCAAGAUGCCGACGCUUUGGCUGAUAUGGAUGAUGGUGCUGAUAUCACUGGUGUUUGGGUCCAUCCUGGCGAAUAUGCAUCUUCUGUAAACGAUAACUUUUAUGGCAUGGGCAAGGAAGUGGAAAAUCUCAUUAUGGAAAACAACGAAUUGCUGGCAACAAAGAACGCUCUGAAUGUGGUGAAAGACGAUCUCAUCGUCCAGGUGGACGCGCUUUCCGGCGAGAUGGAAAUGCUGCGCGAGGAAAUUCUAAGUCUGAACGUGUCCAGGACGAGGUUCAAGGAGAGGGUGGCCGAGCUGGAGGACGAGUUGAAGAAGCUGAAGAAGGCGCACGAAUCGAGGCCGGAUUCGGGCGAGGAGGAAUCGGAAGUUCCGAUGGCUCAACGGAAACGGUUCACGCGCGUCGAGAUGGCGCGUGUUUUGAUGGAGAGAAAUCAAUACAAGGAGAGGUUCAUGGAGCUGCAGGAGGCCGUCCGCUGGUCGGAACUGGUACGCGCGACAAAGGGUAACCCAGAUCUGGGUAAAGAGAACAAGCACAGCAUCUGGAAGUUCUUCAGCAAUCUGUUCAGCGGGUCAGAUAGACCCACCCAGUCCAUGAUGCAGCCCCAGCUGCGCUACAAAGCAUCCACGAACCAGGUGAUGCCCGGCGUUAGAGCUUUGCCUCGCAGCGGGCAGGAUUUUCACGACACCGAAAUCGCGACGAAGAGGGCGGGCGAAAGGAGGGAGCAGUAUAGACACGUGCGGGCCCACGUGAGGAAGGAGGACGGUCGUCUGCAGGCUUAUGGGUGGAGCCUGCCAGAGAAGGUGGCGCCUCCUGCGAGGGGUCCGCAGAGCUCCAGCGGUGGAGUUCCGGUCCCUGUGCCGGUGUACUGUCGCCCUCUGGUCGAAACAUCCUCGGGCAUGAAAAUUUGGUGUGCAGCUGGCGUUAACCUCAUGGGCGGAUACACCAAAGACGGAGGAUUAAUGGUUGGUGGAAGCGUGUUCUAUUCGGAUGAUUCAAUCGAGAGAGGCGCGACAUUAACCGAAUUGGAUUCGCUGGACAAGGAGAUAAACAGUUUCAAGGAGGGCGCAAUGUUGGAGACCAAAUUAUCAUCUUUGGUAUGGAUCUGCACAUCCACUCAAGCAGCUAGCAUCGUCACCGUCCUCGACGCCAACAAUCCGGCCGAAGUGUUGAACAGCUUCGGCGUGUGCACCAAUCAUCUGCUGUGCAUCGCAAGUGUCCCAGGUGCGAGUGUCAGUGAUUACGGCAACACCAACUACAUACCGAGUGACAGUGUACCGGAGGCGAACGAAAACAGUGCCGGUGCAGACGCUGGCGAUGAUGCCAAGGAGGAGAGCGAUCUACUGGGUAGGAUCGUUUUCGUGGACGAUAAUCCGACUGUGAAAAAUCGCAAGGACCAGGUGGUGGAGGCCUCGGAAGUGGAAGAAGAAGAAGAUGGGAACCAGACGAAGGCGGAGGAUGAGGAAGCCGGCGACGCUAACGACACUACUACCUCCAGCGGGGAUGAGCCGAACGUCCGCCUCGAAGUCAUGUCCAGCGUUCUGGCCACGAUGUGGCUGGGCGCGCAGAACGGGGAACUGUUCGUGCACUCCGCCGUGUCAAAUUGGAACCAAUGUUUGCAUUCGGUGAAACUUCCGGACGCCGUACUGAGCAUUGUGCAUGUUAACGGAAGGGUUGUGGUCGCCUUGGCGAAUGGAACUAUGGCUGUGUUCAGUCGCGACGAGACGGGCGACUGGGAUUUAGGAAAAUAUAAUAUAGUACAUUUGGGUUUGCCCAAGCACUCGCUGCGAUGUCUCGCCGUCGUCGGGGAUAAGGUCUGGUGUAGCUACAGGAACAAGGUGUGCAUCCUCGAACCUAUGACGCUCAAAAUAGUACAUACCUUAGUGGCUCAUCCAAGGAAGGAGAGCCAGGUGAGGCAGCUAGCGUGGCUCGGGGAUGGCGUUUGGCUCUCGGUUCGCCUGGACUCAACCCUAAGACUUUACCACGCGCAGACCUACGAACACCUGCAGGACGUGGACAUCGAACCCUACGUCAGCAAAAUGCUAGGUACCGGAAAACUCGGUUUCUCCCUAGUCAGGAUCUCGGCGUUGCUGAUUUCUUCGAACAGGCUGUGGAUCGGCACCAGCAACGGUGUCAUCAUUUCUGUGCCUCUCAGUGAGAGCGGAUCAUACAGCGGCGGCACAAUAGUUUCGCGCGCUUCCGGUUUACACGGAAGUGGCGUCCGCCUGAACAACAUUUCAGGUAACAUUCCGUUCUGCAACGUCGCUCACGCCCAGCUCAGCUUCCACGGUCAUCGGGAUAGCGUGAAAUACUUUGUCGCUGUGCCAGGAAACGGAGGAAUGAGCGCAGCUUCGACGCCUUCCGAAGCUCAUUCAGCUGCGGUCACGCCCAUAGGCGGGCCUCAAAGACUACCGCCUGCUGCGAUGCUGGUGAUGUCUGGAGGAGAGGGUUACAUCGAUUUCCGCAUCGGUGAUAGUGAAAUGGAGGAAAGCGUCACCGGAGAGUCUGCCGAGAACCUGGAGAAAAACCAGGGUGGAGAGGCGAUGGGGGCGAAGAGUCACCUGAUCGUUUGGCAAGUGGCUCACGGUUAAAGCUUUUAAACUUUCUUCUUGCAUCACACUCACCGCUCACCGGAGACAAAUCAACACACGCGCUAACCCUUCAUUUGUAACCGCUUUCCAGUCAUUCGGAAUGUUUAUUUAUAAUGUAAACCAUAACAAAUCAAACUAAAAAAAAAGUAUGGAUAUUAUGAUAGGCAACCAAAUGUAACCGUCUAGUGGGAGUUGCCGCCGAUCGUUCAGCUCCGCCCACUUCUCGUACGCUUUCUCAACAAACAAGCCAAAGAUCCAAGACACACACACAGUAUUUUCGAUCGAUCUAUUCGCGUGUUACCAGAUCCGUACUUGUAAUUUGUUUAUACGACAUAUGGGAAAGCCAUUAAUCUUCAUAGAUUUGCAAGCAUAUUGCAUUCGUUUAGAUUAAUAAUUCUUAUUAUAUAUUUAUUUAUUUUUUUUCAAAAAGAGUAUAUAUAUAUUCAAAUAAUGAGCUUAUAAGGAGAAAAACAAUUACUCGAAAAUUAAAGUGGCUCAAGUAAUUGAUUUUAAUAUCCAAACUUUAUUUAUGCUUUCCAUUUUAAACUAGCUUUGUUUAGGGGUGCAUUUCUUUCAAGAUAUUUAGUUUACGAGUUUCAAUUUUUUGGGCACCCCUGUGUAAUUGAUA